AUGAACUAUCAACCUCCACCACAAGGAGUUGAUAGUCAUUUUCGACCCACCAUCACCGUUAAUGCUUCACCUAUAGUACCACCGGUGUUGAGGGGUAGAGCGUUUGAGGUAAGACCUCAAUGUUUGAGUAUAUUACCGAGUUUCUAUGGAAAAGCAACGGAGGAGCCUUAUUUGCAUUUGUCAGAGUUUGAGGCUAUUUGUGGUACCAUUGGAGGUCAAGGAUUCUCACCGGAUGAGAUUAAACUAGUUUUGUUUCAGUUCACUUUGAAGGAUAAAGCGAAGCAAUGGUUCUUAGCUUUGCCAUCGGGUAGUAUCUUUACAUGGGCUGAAAUGCAACAACAAUUCUUGGAUGAGUAUUAUACAAUGCAAAAGACUAGUGAUGCAAGAACCUCCAUUAGAACCUUUCAACAACAAUCGGGUGAAACAUUUCAUGAGUCAUUUAAGAGGUUUAAUGAGUUGUUGAGAACUUGUCCACACCAUGGGAUUGCUAAAUGGGAGUUGAUCACGGCUUUCUAUGAUGGUUUGUUACCGGAAGAGAAAAGAGAUGUGAAUUCUAUUAGCAAUGGUACUUUCUUGACAAAUCCCGAAGAUGUUGAUUGGGAAUUCUUGGAGAAGAUGAGUGUGAAUUCAAAGAGACAAGCUCAAUCAAAUAGGAGGGCAAGGCAUCCAAUUGCUUCAUUAUCAUCAACAAGUGAUCAAGCAACAAAAGAUCGAAUUGAGGCAUUGGAGCGAAAGUUUGCUAAGUUGGGGAAAGCUGAAAAUAGGGGUGUUGCUCAAGUUUCUCAAGAAUACCCGAUUUGUGAGAGUUGUGAUGAGCUUGGGCAUACGGCUUUGCAAUGUCCAUUACUCCCGGAAGAAGUUGAAGAGGUGAAUCAAGUGUUUGGAGAAAAGAGGCCAUUUGACAUGAACUCCAACAUUUAUCAUCCGGGAAUGAGAAACCAUCCCAAUCUUAGAUAUGGGAAUUCAUCAAACCAACUCAACCCGAACUUUCAAGGAAACAACCAAACCAGUGGAGCACCAUCUCAACCGUUCCAAAACCGAAAUUACAACCAAGGAAAUUAUCAAGGUGGCCAAAAUCAAGGGUUCAAUAGAGGCUAUCCAAGGAACUAUCAACAAGGUAAUAACCAAGGUGGGAAUUCGGGAGGUAAUGAGGUAUCAACCGGGGAGAUUAUGGAGUACUUGAAGGAAAUGGAUCGAAAAAAUGAGAUUCGGGACAAAACGGUUGAAAGUUUGCAAAAGCAAGUUGGUCAAUUGGCGGAAGAUGUGGCUGCGUUGAGAAAGGAUCCGGGAAGCUACCAAGUGACACAAAGAUCAAUCCACAACACCAAAGUAGCGGCUCAAAGAAUAUCAAGAAUGUGGAGAUAA